ACACUGCUCGUGGUGGCCCUUCCUUGCCAUGGCCCUCCUGACUCACACCUUGGCACUGCUGGCAAUGACUGUGGCCACCGUGGCCAUCAAGGUGGUGCCCCUGGACAUGGCCUGGGACUCCUUCGAUGACCGAUAUGAGGGCUGUGGCCCAGCCAUAAACGCAAAGUUGCUGGACCUCUACAAUUUUGAGUACCAGAAGAAUCCUCACUUUGCCUGGGGCUGGUAUCAUGCUGAUGCUGAGUGGCGCAAGCGGGGCUCUCCUGUGUCCCCUCUGACAUCCCACUGGCAGGCUGUGGCUCUCAUGGCCUACACGUCGCAGGACAUUUACAAGGACUUCAAUGCAGCCGUGCGCACAGCCGGGCACUCCCGCCAAGUAUACAGGAACAACUUCCACUUCAAAACGCUGCAUUUCCUACUGACCCAGGCCCUGGUGACACUGAGGCAGGCUCAGAACAGGCAGUGUCACCAUGUGUUCCGGGGCGUACGUGACAUUCGUUUCAAGGCGCAGCGUGGCCAGAGUGUCCGGUUUGGUCAAUUCACAUCGACGUCUCUACGUAAAGAGAUUGCUCUGCACUUUGGGAGAGACACAAUUUUCGAAGUGCACACAUGCCAUGGCGUGGACAUCCAGCAGUUUUCCAUGUAUCCAGGGGAGAAGGAGGUGCUGAUCCCACCCUUUGAGGUCUUUGAAGUCACCAAAGUCACCCGGAAUGGGAAGAGGACAUGGAUCAGUCUCCGUUCUGCUGGGACCUUCAGCAAAUACAACUGCGAGUGGCACUGAGGUUUGGACCGUCCCCAGGACUUCCUUCCAACUUGGAGGACUCCUCCUGGCCACCACAGCCCAGGUAGUGGCCACCAGCAUUCUCAGUGCCACCAAGGUCACUGAAGUCACUGUGGUUGCUGUGGCAGCUGUGGUCACUGUGAUCAUCAAGACUCCCUGAGCCACAAGGCUACCACAGAGACUGUAACCACUAUGCCCAUCAAAGCCAUUGUGUAAAGAAAUCCUAUUGAAAAAUUCUAUUAAAUCAAUUCCAUUAA